UCCCGCGCGCUAAGCUGCGGCUCCGCUCCGCUCCGCUCCGCUGCGCUGCGCGUGUCUGCUGCCCGCUCGGCUCGCUUCACUCUCCGUACCGGGGCUGAGCAGCGCCAUGGCCGGGGUGCUGGUGGACGGGAUGCCGGAGACGGCCGCCGGAGGAGCGGGAGGCGAAGGAGACGGAGGAGGCGGAGGAGGCGCGAUGCUGAACCGGCGCGGGAGCAAAGCCAGGCGGCGAAAGCGAAAGGAGUUGCUGGCCGUCCGGAUGUGCUUCGCGGGGGUUCUGCUGGGGCUCGUCGCGGGGCUCCAGAAAGCAGGUUUUCACGUCUCGAGCUCCGUGGUCGUGGAGGACGCCCGGUGGGAGAGUCGCCACCUCCUGCAAGCAGACAACGACUCCAAAAUCUACUUGGAGCCGGAGAAAAACUGCACUGAACCAGCAAUCCACGAGUUCCCCAGGGAUUACUUCACCGAGCAGGAGCGCAUCGAGGGAGCGGUGGGCCUCCACGUCCUGUGUGCCGUCUACAUGUUCUACGCUCUGGCUCUGGUGUGCGACGACUACUUCGUCCCCUCGCUGGAGAAGAUCUGCGAGCGCCUUCACCUCAGCGAGGAUGUGGCGGGGGCGACCUUCAUGGCAGCGGGCAGCUCAGCGCCUGAACUGUUCACCUCUGUCAUUGGGGUGUUCAUCACCAAGGGCGACGUCGGGGUCGGCACCAUCGUGGGCUCCGCCGUCUUCAACAUCCUCUGCAUUAUCGGAGUGUGCGGGAUAUUCGCCGUGCAGGCGAUCCGCCUCUCCUGCUGGCCUCUGCUCAGAGACUCCACGUACUACACCCUGGCCAUCUCUGCUCUCAUAGUGUUCAUAUAUGAUGAAAAAGUAGUGUGGUGGGAGGCGCUCACGCUCAUUCUGAUGUACUUCGUCUACAUUUUGAUCAUGAAACUGAACUCGCAUGUGGUCCGCUUCCUGGAGCGGCAGAAGAAGAACUCGUCCAGCCUGAGGAACGGCGCGGCCAGCAACGCCGAACUGGACGACGGCUGCGACGCCACGGCGGUCCUGCUGAAGAAAGCGAAUCACCACAGGAAGCCGUCGGUGCUGAUGGUGGACGAGCUGCUGUCUGCGUACCCGCACCAGCUGUCCUUCUCCGAGGCCGGCAUGAGGAUCAUGAUCACCAGCCACUUCUCGCCCCGCACCCGGCUCACCAUGGCCUCCCGGAUGCUCAUCACCGAGAGACAACGCCUCAUCAACACCCGGACCCUGACCAACGGCGACUCCGAGGUUCCCGCCAAAGCGGGGGGCCGGCAGGGCGUGGAAAACGGGCUGUCCAGGGCCGAGAGGGCCGUCAAGGUCCGCCACGACGACCGGGAGGCGGGCAACGAGACGGAGAACGAGGACAACGAGAACAACGAGAACGACGAGGAGGAGGAGGAGGAGGAGGAAGACGAGGGGCCCUUCGUGCCCUUCCAGUGUCCAGGCGGGGCGUUCAACAAGCUGAAGUGGCUGAUCGCCUGGCCUCUGUGUCUGCUGCUCUACUUCACCGUCCCCAACUGCUCCAAGCCCCGCUGGGAGAACUACUUCAUGCUGUCCUUCGUGUCCUCCACCCUGUGGAUCGCCGGCUUCUCCUACAUCAUGGUCUGGAUGGUCACGGUGAUCGGCUUCACGCUCGGCAUUCCGGACGUCAUCAUGGGCAUCACCUUCCUGGCAGCCGGCACCAGCGUCCCCGACUGCAUGGCCAGCCUCAUCGUGGCGCGUCAAGGAAUGGGAGACAUGGCGGUGUCCAACUCCAUCGGCAGUAACGUGUUUGACAUCCUGGUGGGCCUGGGCCUCCCCUGGGCCCUGAAGACCCUGGCCAUCAACUAUGGCUCUGAUAUCAAACUGAACAGCAAAGGUCUCAUCUUCUCCGUGGGGCUGCUGCUGGCGUCUGUGUUUAUGACGGUUCUGGGAGUUCAUCUCAACAAGUGGACGCUGGACAGACGCCUGGGUCUCAUGUGUCUCCUGCUCUACUCCGUCUUCCUGUGCUUCUCCUGCCUCAUCGAGUACAACAUCUUCACCUUCGUCAACCUGCCCACCUGUCGGGAUUGAUGAGACGACGACGCACACACAGACACACACACAGACACACACACACACACACACACACACACACACACACACACACUCCAACACACACAGAGCUGUCAGACUACUGCUUCUUUCUGACUGGAGGACCUCGUUUUUUGAACCGUCUCUGUAUUUCCGUGUAAUGUUUCCUAGCUGCUAACCCUUCCCCGACAGGAAGGUUGGGUCUUUUAGAUCUUCUAGAUGAGAGUAAUAAUGAUUAAAGCAAUGAUUUAAAGGGGGCGGGGGGGCUGUAGUUCUUCGUGCUGUAGGACAGCAGACUUGUUGAAGUGUUUUAGACACAGUUUUUAUUCGUGUUUGUCUGAGAAUGAGAUCGGUUAUGCCGAUUAGCGGGAUUAGAUGAGAUUAUUUUUCACUGCCAUGGCAGGCCCAGACUGAAGUCUGCUGAGGGACGUUUUCAGGCUCAAUGUCUCCACCCAGUGGCGAGAAACAAGUCUGUGAAUACUGAAAAAUGUCCCAGGUUUGUGGAUCAGUUGGUCAUUCAACGUGAUCUUUACUGUCUCCAAGUCACAAACAGAGAGAAAUACACACAAUAACAGACUCAAUCUGUGCAACAUUUUUCCUUUUCAUCAAUGCAAAAACAAUUCACAAUGUUGUCAUCCCUGUUUAGAUUUGAAUCUUGAACUGUUUCAUACUCGGAAGAUACUGGACAGAAGUCAGGAACACAAAAGUCAAGAUAAAAUGACCAAACGAAACAUAAUCUAGUCUCAUCAUCUACUGUUUGCUGCUCAACAAUACAACAACAUCAUUUUAUUAUAUAAAGAGUCACUGGAUUUAAAGGUCCUCUCGUGAGGAAGGAAAAAGGUUUCUUAUUGAUGUAUGAAGCACUGCUUUGAUGUGAAGCCUCACAAACUAUUUAAAGAUGAUAUUGAACACUCACUCUGGAAAAAGGAGGCGAAGCGGUUUUCACCCGCUUCAGCACCGAGAACCUCAGUUGUAGCUUCUCCACCUUCAGGAGAACGUUCCCCCUGAAGUCCUGAUUCUCUGAACGUCUCUGAGCUCCGUCCACGGCGUCUCCGCUGGGCUUUACUUUAUGCUCUGAGUCACUUCCAGACUUUUCUUUCAGAGCUUUACAGAGUUUGACUCUGGAGCAUGUCUGAAGCACAAUAGAGAUUGAAUUAAAAAACCAAACAGACUCGAAAUAUAUUGGCCAAUAAAAGUCACGGUGGGCCAGCUGAGGAGUCAGUCAGCUCCUUCACUAAUUUUUUUUUUUCACAGUUUUUGUUAAUUUUCCAUUUUAAGAAACAGACAUUUAAAGCACAACACAAAUAACACAAGAAAAACCUAAAACAAAACAAGCAAACAAAGUGAAGGAGCUUUUUUAGCUCCUUCACUAAUGAUGCAGUCGUAAACAAAACAACCUUUCGACAUUGCACGUUGUACAUGAAUCUGUCCGCGUGAAUUCCUCCCAUUUAUUCUUGCAGGAUGUGGAAGAUGAGCCUGUUGAAUGCAAACAUGCUAACAAUCAGCUUCCAUAUUAAAGUGUUUCCUCCCGCUAACACGAUGUUUCUGAAACGUAAACGCAGCACAACCGGUGCCUUUCACCUGGAGCGUUGUCGUGUAAACGGGGGCCUGAAUCGGCAGGAUGGGGUUUCUCUGUGUUUGUGACUGAGAGGCAGACUGAACCACGUUUCAUAACCUGUCUAUUGAUUCGCGCUGCUGUUCAUGGAACCAGGGCAUUAUAUGAUCGUCACCUUUUCUAACUGUGCUCACGGUCGGUUGUAGCUUACGUGUUUUACAUUCAAUAGCUUUAUAAAAGAGUGGAUUUAUUUUGUAAAUAGCCCUCCUCUGUAAAUACCCCCCACAAGAUGUCCUAUUUAUUAUUUAUUAACAUUAUGCGCACAUUUCUCCUCUGGAGGUCAGACAAACGCCGAAGACCGACUGGGAAGAAAACAUGUACAAAAAACAAGCACAACAAUUUCCUCUGAGGGUGUUUUAUCUUUCUUCUUCUUCUUCGGACCGGAGGCGUCGUCCUGUGUGUGGAUGUGAAACACAGGAAGUCCUGGUUGCACUGAGGAGCUUCGGAUGAUGUGUGCUGAUUAUGAGGAGAUCGUCCUUGUAAGAUGAAGCAGGGCUGCGUCGGGAUCGUGGUUCAAGAAUCUAAUGUCUGGGGGUUUUUUCUACUUGUUUUUGUUCUACUCUCUUGUUGUUGGAGUCAGAACAGCGAACAGACUGCUGCUUUUUUCACCUCUGAAAGACCAAAUGGAUUAUUGCAGACGGCUCGGAGGCGCUGUGGAUCCCGCUUCGCCGGUGGCAGCCGGGUCACGACGCCGGACCUCCCACUGCCGGACUCUCUGCUGGAGGAUUCCCACUUUAUUUUUUAUCUCUUGUAUUUUGUAAGGCCUCAUGUUUAGGUUCGUCCAAAAUUAAAUUGUGGUACUUUAGGAUUCCUCCUCAGUUUUAGAGCAUGCACAGUGUGCUUUGUGAAACCCUCCAGAGGAUUUCCAAGAAGAGUCCUGAGAGACAGAAGUUCUUUCAGACUUUCACUCACUUCGCUCCACAUAUCCUCAUUUUGUGUCGUUUUCUCCUCGCUAGUGAAAAACAGUUACUAAAACAACAAGAAACCUUCUUUCAGGUACUUAAUUUAUUGAUCUGUAAUAUAGAACCCUGUCUUUGGAAUGUACAGAUGCUUGACGUGGUCGAUGUUUCUUUCUAUUUAUUUAUUUGACAGACACAGGCUUUGAGCUAUGACCGGAAAACAGGGUUUCAAUCCUACGCGAUGCAAUAACUUCGAGCUGGCACGUGUGUGAAUGUGCCACGUUAAAGAUCAAAGAUCCACUGAAUUCUCCUUGUUGUAAUCUGUGAAGGGAUUUCUCACAGGCUGCACAAACGAGCGAAGCACCGGCGGCGCCGCCGCCGCAGACACGGACUCUGUCAGCUGCUUCUCCGCAUACUGGAUGUCCUCAUCAGCCGACGUUACACCUGUGAGAACGUCUGUCCGAUGGGAAACGUUUGGAAUCCCGCUCACUUUAAAUCACAGCACAGAUGUUGCUGCUUCCACCAACAUAUCGUUCAUGGCGGAAUUUAAAGGAACAAACAUCGUUUGUUUAAGAUGAGUGAGAAUAAAUUCAGACCUGAACAGGGGAUAAAAGAAAGAUAAAAAAAGAUAUAUUAGUGUUAAACUUGAUAUUAGAUCUCAGGGUUGAACAUAAAAAAAAUCUGCUUUUAAAGGAAGAAUAAGUGUGAUUAUCUCUAGUUUGUGUUGUGUGUGGUUUUCCUGCACGUCUCAAUAAUAUGACUCCAAUUUGUACAAAAACUAAGACACUGCCAGAUACAAUAGUUUUACCAUGAAUUACGUUGUUUUUGCCACGUUACUUUUCUUCCUUCUUGGGGGGGAAAAAGUAUUUUUCGACAAAGUUGUUAAAAUGUCACUUUAAACGACUUGAAACCAACAUGAACACAAACUGGAGAAUUUAUCAUGAAUUUGCUCCAAGCAUUUUCUCAACUACAACUUAAGCUUAGAUGGGAAUUGACGCACUGUUUGAAUAGUUUUUGCUGGAAGAUGGGAAGAACAUGCAAACAGCACACAGAAAGGCCCCAUUAGCCAGCAGGUUCACACCAGGAACCCCGCUGCUGCGAGGCUCCAAUAUGAACCAGUGCAGAUGUUCACCCUAUGCCCAGGCCAAACUGGGACUCUCAAAACUUUAACGUGGUCUCUGUUAUGACUGAUCCCAACAGACAGGUCCAACUAUGAGGACAUGACAAACAGGCUCAUCUGUAUGUAUGUAGAAAUCAUCAUGAUGAGGAUGAGCCGGACCGUUUGGUUUCAGUUCAACAGAAAAUACCUUUCUCUUGCACUUUAAAAAAAAAAUAAAGGAAAACUCGGGCUCCAGAUGAUUUAGUUUCCUCCACAGCACUGAUGGUGCAAACCUGACACCUAAACAUGAUCUUUGAUUCCAGCCGGAUCACCACAAGGACUCUCACGUUGUCAAAUGAGGCAUCUUGUAUAGGAGAUUUCUAAAUAAUUUGUGAUAUUCACAUGAGUGAUAUAUUGCUGAUGUACAUAUGUACAUAAAUAGGUCUAACUGUAUUUAUAUAUUUUUUGUCUCAAGCUGUAUAUCUGUCGAAUAUAUUUUCUUAGAUCCUAGGUCUCCCUCGUACUCCCCUCUGUUUUGACGUGUUUGACAAACCUGAUGCUAUCGUCCUUUGUUUGCUCGCAUGGAAAUACUUCAGUAUAAUAAAUUAUUUAUGGUAAAUCUUUAUGUACUAUGGGAUGAGAGUCUAAGGGGUUUCAGACGGCACUGGAUUUACUUUGAACUGGAUAUGCUAGCUGACUGCAUGUUAUUGCCAGCAUAGGGAUGAAAUAAACCAGAGUGUUUGCAGACGACACAUUUCUCUACGAGUCAAAGCUUUACCUCUUCCUACACAAGACCUUUUCAGCAGAAUGGUUUACUUUGUGUUUUAGAUGUUUCAGAUGUAAUUUUAGAGAUAAUUUUGCUACUUGAGCAUUAAUAAAGUUGUCUAUGCUUAAGGUUA